AUGGCACAAAAGAAAUAUCUUCAAGCAAAAUUAACCCAGUUUUUAAGGGAAGAUAGAAUUCAACUUUGGAAACCUCCGUAUACAGAUGAAAAUAAAGAAGUUGGCUUGGCAUUGAAGGAUCUGGCUAAGAAAUACUCUGACAAGCUAGAAUGUUGUGAAAAUGAGGUGGAAAAAAUAAUAGAAGAAAUACGAUGCAAAGCUAUUGAACGUGGAACAGGAAAUGAAAAUUAUAGAACAACAGGAGUCGCCACAAUUGAGAUAUUUCUACCACCGAGACUAAGAAAAGACAGGAAGAACUUGUUGGAGACCCGAUUGCACAUCACUGGCAGGGAACUGAGGUCCAAAAUAGCUGAAACCUUUGGAUUUCAAGAAAAUUAUAUCAAAAUUGUCAUAAAUAAGAAAGAACUUCAAUUAGGGAAAACACUGGAAGAGCAAGGAGUGACGCACAAUGUGAAGGCUAUGGUGCUUGAGCUGGAGCAGUCUGAAGAGGAUGUGAGGAAGAACUCUCAGGCAGAAGAAGAAGAGCAAAAUGAAGCUGAAGUAAAAGAAAAAAAAAUUCAGAGGACCAAGAGAGGCCUGGAGAUACUGGCUGAGAGAGCUGAGAUGGUGGUGGACCCAGACACUACACCAUACCUAGACAUAGCCAACCAGACAGGCAGAUCCAUCAAGAUUCCCCCCUCAGAAAGGAAAGCUCUUACAUUGGCUAUGGGAUAUCAUGAGAAGGGCAGAGCUUUCCUGAAGAGAAAAGAAUAUGGAAUAGCAUUGCCGUGUCUGUUGGAUGCUGACAAAUAUUUCUGUGAGUGCGGCACAGAAUUGCUGGACACCGUCGAUAACUAUGCAGUACUCCAGCUCGAUAUCGUGUGGUGCUACUUCCGCCUGGAGCAGCUGGAGUGCCUUGAUGAUGCAGAAAAAAAAUUAAACUUAGCCCAGAAAUGCUUUAAAAAUUGCUAUGGAGAGAAUCAUCAGAGAUUGGUCCACAUCAAAGGAAAUUGUGGCAAAGAGAAGGUGUUAUUCUUAAGACUUUACUUGCUUCAAGGUAUCCGAAACUAUCACAGUGGAAAUGGUGAAGAGGCUCGUGAGUAUCUCAACAAGGCACGUCAACUCUUUAAAGAGCUUUACAUUGAUCCAUCAAAAGUUCAUAAUUUAUUACAGCUGGGAUUUACAGCCCAGGAGGCCCGACUGGGCUUGCGAGCAUGUGAUGGGAAUGUGGAUCACGCAGCCACUCACAUCACCAACCGCAGAGAGGAAUUGGCUCAGAUAAGGAAAGAAGAAAAAGAAAAGAAAAGACGUCAUCUGGAGAACAUCAACUCUUUGAAAGGAAUAGGUUACUCUACACACGCCGCCAAGCAGGCCCUUCGCCAGGCUGGUGGGGACCUGGAGAGAGCCCUGAGGAUUCUUAUCAGCAACCCACUGAUGUGGUGGUUAAGUGAUUCAGAUUCGGAAACCAGCCCUCAGCAAAGUCCUUCCCAGGAGAAUAUUAACCAACUGGUGUACAUGGGCUUCGAUACUGUUGCUGCCCAGGCGGCGCUCAGAGUGUUCAGGGGGAACGUCCAGCUGGCUGCUCAAACCCUUGCACACAACGGUGGGAGUCUGCCCCCUGCCCUGCAGCUCUCGGCAGAAGAUUCUUCAUCAACACCAUCCACGUCCCCUCCUGGUUCUGCAGGUACUUCCAGUGCCUCAACAGAUGAAGAUAUGGAAACAGAGGCUGUCAAUGAAAUACUGGAAGAUAUCCCAGAACACGAAGAAGAUUAUCUUGACUCAACUCUGGAAGAUGAAGAAAUUAUUAUUGCAGAGUACUUAUCCUACGUAGAAAAUAUAAAAUCUGCAACAAAGAAAAACUAA